CAGAACAGUCAAACCCACAACGUCAUUCAGCCAAGCGCAACAUGCAAGACGUCAACCUUCUCGCGCAGACUCUCGAAAACGUUAUCCCAAAGGCCGCUUUGAAGCGUGGCUCGGAACCUCUUCGCGAUGCUUGGCGCAAGCUCGCGGAGCUCGAUGAGCAGUCUCCUGCCCGCGCAGCCUACCGGGCUGACGAGAAGGCCUGGCUUCUCUAUUUUGAGAUGAAGAGGGUCACGGACGCCGGCUCUAAAUACCAUGUUCCAGACAAAGCGAAAUACCGGGCGUUCUUGGCAGAGCUGGAUACCUGGGAGCCUAAGAAGAUCGAGGACGCUUUCCGAAGGCUCGUAAGCGAGAACUUGAGCAGUGAGCUACUGCAACAGCUGGGAGAUGCAAUUAAAAGGCUCAAGGAAAGAACAAGGAUCACUGAGCCCACGGCCGUUGCGCCAGCCGAUGCGCACGUCGAUGCGCAAGUCGAGCCGUCACGCAGUACUUCAACCACACCACUUCCAUUUGACCCGAUCAGAGCUUCGGCGACUACGGCACUUCCAUCAGAACACCCGACGCUCCCCACGACUCCGGUCACCCCAGCAAAUCCUACAAACUCCCUGAGCAGCGCAUCGAGAACCCAGUCUCCUGCUCGCUUUGUCCGACCUUACACUCAGCGCGGAGUCCUCAAUAGCCAAGGCACACCGCCUGUAACGAAGAUUCUGGUCGAGACUCAAGAAAAACCGUUCCUACAAAACCUCCACUCGCCUUCUUGGGAGAAUCUCGGUCAGAUAUUCCCGCGAACAUUCCGUGACCUACUUGUCCCACGCACAGGUGCCGGAUAUCGUGGGUUCUCCGCCGGAGUUGUGCUAGGCCUCUCAAACCCUGUCUUCCGCAAAGACUUGUACGACGGGCAGGUCCAGCUAGAGAUCAAGUCCGGCCAUUUACCCAUGCUUGUUGAGAAACUCUUCAAUCUCGAGAUGAAGACCGAGGGCAAUCUCAGAAGUUAUGUCACACAGACAGGGCAGUCGCUGGAGUUGUCUGAAUCAGAGAACGCGCCCAUCAAGUACCAAAGGCUUAGAGGCUGUGUUUUCGAUGCCAUUACAGACAGCAUGUUUGGUGCGGAGAUGGCUACCGCUAUACGGGGGAGCGAGCAGUUCAAAGAGGACCAUGCGAGCUUCUGCGGCGUCAUGAGCCAGUCUACGGACGUCUCGUUAUUCACAUUCGCUCAAAACAUGUCAGUUCCAAAUGUUCCCGGCCCAGGCUUCUCCAAAAAACGAUGCGUCAACGGCUGCGAAUAUCGUCCUGGCAACAUACUUAACCCGCUCUACAUCGGCUGCAAAGUGUGGAUCUACAUUGCGGGGACCGAGUGCGAUGAAUGCGUUGCUAAAGGCGUCUUUCCGGAUAAUGUUGCUCACCUGACGCGGGUGCAAGGGCCAGAGAAGGUUUGGGCUUGGUUGAAAGGGCUAGCAGAUAAGCUGGAGAAAGCCCAGAUCGAGAAGGUGGACGGGGAGAGAAGGGAGAACGCGGAAGGCGGAGAAAACACAUGGACCGCCAAGCCUGGCUAAGGUACGUACCAAAGCUAGCCAAUGAAUGACUAAGGUUACGCC